UUAUGCGGGCAUUAAAAUGGUUGAAGAUAUUGCUGUUAAUCGACUAUACCGCCGGACAAAAUCUGAGGACAGUCCGGCAAGCCGGAUAUACUUACAACAGACCAAGAAUACCAUUUACCUUACCAAGUCCUAGUCCACCGGCACUACCAAGUUAUCCUGCACCAGCUCCUGUACCGCCAAGUUAUUCUUAUCCUGUACCCCCUCCUCGACCUCCACCUUCACCGCCAUCUCCACCCCGUCCACUCCCUCCUCUACCUCCUUACGCACCACCACCACCACCAGCACCACCACCACAACCACCAUCACCGCCAGCGCCACCACCACCACCUCCACCACCUCCACCACCAUCACCGCCUCCACCACCACAACCACCAUCACCCCCAGCGCCACCACCACCACCACCGCCUCCUGGAAGACGUACUUAUUUACCACCACCACCACCACCACCACCACCACCGCCUCCAACGCCUCCGCCAACACCACCAUCACCACCACUACCAGCACCACCACCACCGCCACCACCGCCACCGCCGCCACCACCACCACUUCCAAAACCUAGAUAUUUACCACCAUUACCGUCACCGCCACUACCACCACCAUCACCACCACCAUUACCACCACCACCAAUUCCACCACCAUCACCACCACUACCACCUCCGCCACCUCGGCCACCACCAUCACCUCCACCUAUUCCACCUCCUCCGCCACCGCCACCAACUCCACCUCCUCCUCCUCCACCGCCUCCUCCCCCUCCACCACCUCCACCACCACCGCCUCCUCCACCUCCGCCACCCCCUCCCCCACCCUUACCACUUUACGUGCCUUCGGCAACUUCACCUCCACCGAUACGAGUUUCUACACCAGCGCCAACUUAUCUACCACCAUACGAUCAGGAAAUCCAAGUUUCUCAAGCUCCCGCUUCUUACGCAUCAAGCAUGGCAUCGGCGAUAUCGUCCGCGGUGGCUAUAGUUGGACCAGAUGGAUAUAAUCCUGUAACAACAACAUCUGCACCAUCUCAUAUGGCAUAUGCAAGUUCAUACGGCUAUUCAACACCAAACCCUUCUGUUGGUUACAGUUAUCCAACCCCUGCACCUGCUCCAGUUCCUAUACCUAGUUAUCCAGCUCCGGCUCCUGCACCUAGUUAUCCUGUUCCGGCUCCUGCACCUAGUUAUCCUGUUCCGGCUCCUGCGCCUAGUUAUCCUGCUCCGGCUCCUGCGCCUAGUUAUCCUGCUCCGGCUCCUCCUGUUACUGUUGGUUAUAGUUAUCCUGCCCCAGCACCCUCACCUAGUUAUCCUGCACCAACUCCUAUACCCACUUAUCCAACGCCUACGACUCCUGCAUAUGAUUAUUCUCCAAUGGUUAGACCUACUUAUCCUGCUUCGGCUCCUCCACCUAGUUAUCCUAGUUAUCCAGCUCCAGCUCCAGCUCCAGCUCCAAGACCAAUCUAUUCUUCACGACCUGGACCACGUUAUCUACCUCCAAUUGCUUAGAUUAAUUAUUUUACACUGGAAAUUAUUUAUCAUUAUCAAGUUGUUCAAUUCAGCUAAUCUGUUUGAACUCUGCAAUCAAUCUUUUUUUUUUGUCAGAUAAUUUUAUCGUUAUAGUUUAUAUUUAGAGUUUUAUUAACAAAUUAUGUCAAACUAUAUUAAAUAAUAAUUGCACACUAUUUCUUUUCUGUUUAUCCUGGAGCUGAUUUGAUUUAGAUUUAGUUUUUAUGUAGCAUCUGUGAUGAAAUUGUGGAUAUUGUAAACCAUGUGUAUUUUUAAAAUUAUUAUGUAGAAUUUAUAUGAUGUUUAUAUGUAAUUGUGAGACAUUUAAUUUUGUUUAUAUCAAUGUAGUAUCUAAUGUAAUGAGUAUUUAAUGAGUAAGUUUAGUUGGAUGUAAUAUAUUUA